AUGCCCUUGCUUUGCUAUAAUAGAGGCUGCAGCCAGCACUUCGACCCAGAGACCAACAUGGAUGAUUCUUGUACAUAUCAUCCAGGAGUUCCAGUUUUUCAUGAUGCUUUAAAGGGCUGUACAAAGGGUAAGCACAAUGAUGAGAAGCCCCCUGAGCCUGUCAAACCCGAAGUCAAGACUACCUCUGAGAAGGAAUUGUCUGAAUUAAAACCUAAAUUUCAAGAACACAUCAUUCAAGCCCCUAAACCAGUAGAAGCAAUAAAAAGACCAAGCCCAGAUGAACCAGUGACAAAUGUGGAGUUGAAAAUAGGUUCUUCACUAAAACAAGUACUGGAUAAACUUAAACUGUCAUCUGAGAAUGAAGUAGAUAAAAAGGAUAAUGAUAGUGAUGAAAUUAAGAUUGGGACUUCAUGUAAAAAUGCUGGCUGUGUAAAGACAUACCAGGGUCCACAGAGUAUAGAAGAAGUUUGUAUUUUUCAUUCUGGAGUUCCUAUUUUCCAGGAAGGGAUGAAAUAUUGGAGCUGUUAUAAGAGAAAAACUUCUGAUUUUAAUACAUUUUUAGCCCAAGAAGGAUAUACAACAGGAAAGCACUUGUGGACAAAAAAAGAUGUUGGGAAAAAAGUUGUUCCAUGUUGGCAUGACUGGCAUCAGACAGGAGGUCAAGUUACUAUCUCAAUAUAUGCUAAAAAUUCACUUCCAGAACUAAGUCAUGUAAAGGCAAAUAGUACACUGUUAAAUAUCCAUAUUGUAUUUGAAGGAGAAAAAGAAUUUCAUCAAAAUGUGAAAUUAUGGGGAGUAAUCAAUGUGAAGAGGAAUUUUGUAAAUAUGACAGCCACAAAGAUUCAAAUCACAAUGAGAAAAGCUGAACCUAUGCAAUGGGCAAGGCUUGAACUACCUUCACCCAAAAAACAAGAUGAUAGGGGGCAGCUGGAUUCUGUGCUAAUUAGUAAUUCUGAAAUCUUUCUCAGUAUGCAUAGUCAUAAGACCACCAAUAGUCCUGAAAAGAGUAUGAUAUAA